GAUUGUAUCGUUUAUCUAUUAUCUGCGGCGGGAUUGGGGCCCAAAAUUUGUAUAAUUCACGCGCAUAACACGCCCCCUUUCAUGCACUUCCCUCCACCCUCCCAAAUCAACAAGCUCGGGGAAGUGUUUUCAGAUCACAGCGUGGUGUCAGUUCAUCUCAACCACAACCCAGUGCAAGUUAGAAACCGAUCUUCUCGUGCCAAAAUAAUGCCCUGAAUUGUCGUGACAAUUCUACAAGUGAGUCCAAAAAUGUCCUCCCCGAAGCCCAUCCACCACGGCCAGGAGCACAUCAAGCGGCCCAUGAACGCCUUCAUGGUAUGGUCACGCGGCCAGCGCCGCAAAAUGGCCCAAGAGAACCCGAAAAUGCACAAUUCGGAAAUUUCGAAACGGCUGGGCGCAGAAUGGAAACUGCUGAGUGAGUCAGAGAAGCGGCCCUUCAUCGACGAGGCCAAGCGGUUGAGAGCCCUCCACAUGAAGGAGCACCCCGACUACAAAUACCGUCCACGAAGGAAACCCAAGCCCCUCCUGAAGAAAGAACCCAAAUUCGGCUUCUCCAUUUCCCCCCUAAUCUCGCCACCCAUGGACGGCCAGAGCAUACCCAGAUCGAUGGUCCCCCCCAUCUCAGUCGCCACCUCCCUCCCAUCCCUCCUCUCGCACCACCACCCCGACCAAGACCCCCUGAAAAUCCCCCGGAGCCUCUUCCCCCCGCUCCCCUACUUGUACCCCUUCCGACACCCCGAAGAGUCAAAAUUCGCAGCUGAACUGGCCCUCCUGUACAGUAACAGCCACCUGUACCCCCCGAGCAUCAACUGGCCCAUCAACAAUCUGGCGAGCAACGUCAACGGCCCUUGCAACAUUUGCCCUCCAGCGUUCCCCCGCCGGACCCCGAGUCCGGAGGCUAUGAAGCGACCCGUCUGCGUUAUAAUGAAAAACGACGAAUUCCGGAACGAAACCAUUCCCGCUGGACACGUUAUAUGAAAACCACUUCCGGUUCUUCCGGAAAGGUUGAACCUGGGAACUUGGUUUAGUGAUAUAGCGAAUUUAGCCACUAGUUCGGUAUCAGCACCACAAACGACGAAUAUGGGCCAGGAUGGUGCCUCCGGGAGGGACAGUUGCAGUCCGGGAGCGCUGAGUGACAAAAUCGGAUCUUAUAAUAACUGAGAGUUUGUUGUGUGAUACGGUGUCUAAUUACGGAGUUUAUUGAAUUUUAAAGAUAAUAGAAAUAUAAUUAUGUGUUAUAUGAGAAUUAAGAUAAUUGUGCGGUUUUAGUAUUUUGCAGGGAUGGUGCAAUUACUUUUUAUUUAGAUGAACGGUUUCAUGUUGAUCAUUGAGGUGAACGCCGAACUGAUUUUGUUUUAUUGCGGUUUUUCCUGGUUGUUACGUUUGGAUUAAUUUGUUAUCACAAGAUGGAAACAAAUAUGUUUGUUAUUUUUGUUCUUUCGGUCCCAAUAGUGUAGCAUCAUUUAAAUGAAUGUAAUAAAAUUGUUACGUACUAGAAAAAAUACAUUUUUUCAAGAC